AUGACGACGAAGCCGGUGGAGGAGAGUUCAAGCAGUGAGAAGAAGCAAGGUUUCAUCACUACUCUGUUUUCGUGGUCACUUGAGGACAUUUUCAAUGAAAGUCUACUCGAGGUACCAAUGAUUCCAAAAUCAGUGAAUUCAACCAAACAGUACUUGAAACAGUUCGUGGCUCCUUUACUGGAGGAGACGAGAGCUGAACUGCAGUCGGCCAUGGAAGUCAUCUCCAAGGCACCAUUCGCCAGUAUGACAGAGUUGGAAGAGUGCAAACCUCACGGGUCUUUCCUGCAUAAAGUUCAAGUUGAUUACUGGAGAAACCGUGGUGGUGGUAGCUCUGGCAAUCCGCCUUACAGAACUUCGGUUUGGGACCUUGUCCUUUUAGCCGAUGCUAAGCCCGAAACAGUCUCGGAUUUGCAGAGGCCAGGCUGCUUCUGGUCCCUUGCUGUAGUCAUUCCUCAUCCGGAAUAUGAAGGUGGAAGCUCAACGCAGUUUAUCCUCCAAGCAUCAAAAGAGCUGGAACCUGGAACUGGAGUCGACGAGAAGCCAACGAUGUUUGUCAUCUACUUGAUGAGUAUCACAACCAACCGUAGAAUCUGGAAUGCAUUGCAUAUGUCAAGAAACUUGACUAUCAUCGACAAAGUACUAUCUGCAGAAACUUUGGACAAGGAAAGUUGCAGCGUUUGUAUUUAUAAGCAGCAGAUGGAUACAAAGUAUCAGACUACAGAUUCUAAUACCUUGAACGAGUCUCAAAGAGGGGCUGUUCUGGCUUGCCUUGGAAGAGCUCGUUGCAACCAUAGGUCCGGUUUGGAACUCAUUAAGGGCCCUCCUGGGACAGGGAAGACCAAAACUGUAAGCACAUUGCUAGUUGCUCUUUUGAAGAUGAAAUGCAGGACGCUGACUUGUACACCAACAAAUGUUGCAAUAAAAGAAGUAGCUUCAAGGGUCGUCAAGCUCUGGAAAUCGGAAUCAUCUGCAACCCAGAAUAAUGCUGCUGCAGGUUUAGGGGAUAUUCUCUUGAUUGGGAAUGAAGAGAGACUUAAGCUGGGCCCAGAAGUGGAAGAGAUAUACCUGGGUUAUCGAGUUGAAAAGCUUUGGGAGUGCUUUAAACCUCUCUCUGGAUGGCAGCACCACCUCAAUUGUACCAUCUACUUUCUUGAACACUGUGUUGUUCAGUUCUCUACUCAUCAGGAAACCGAAAGGACGAAUAAGCAAAAGACGAAUCUUGACAGCAAAUUCAAGGGGGGGCUAGGAAAAACCGAAAUGAACUCGAAGGAAACGAAGUACAAAUCAUUUCUUGAGUAUGCAAGAGAUAGAUUUCGGCAAACAGUUUUGCCAUUCCAGAAUUGCAUGAUUACUUUGUGCAUUCAUGUUCCAGAAAGCUUUACGGGGAGAGAGGUUCUUGGAAAGAUCCAAUGUGUCAUCGAUUUAAUCGAAAACUUCAGAAGUCUGUUAUUCUGCGAUAGUGUGCGUUCCAAGGAGCUGGAGCAGCUUUUUCGACAUCCUCAAUUGAUCAAAGAUUCUUCCCGGUGUUUUGCUGCUGCAUCCGAAGAGCUCUGCCACAGAAGAACGGGUUGUAUAUCGACAUUGAAAGAUCUGAGUAAAACUCUGGCGGCAGUUGGGUUUCCAGUUUUCAGGAGAAAGUAUGAAAUCCCAAUCUUCUGCUUCAAUCAAGCUUCUCUCAUUCUCUGCACAUCAGCUACUUCAUACAAGCUUCAUUCAGUGCGGAUGAAGGAGCCACUCGAGGUUUUGGUGAUUGAUGAAGCUGCACAACUGAAAGAAUGUGAAUCAGCAAUACCUCUGCAAUUGCCUGGUAUCAGGCAUGCCAUUUUGAUAGGAGAUGAAUGUCAAUUACCAGCCAUGGUUCAAAGCAAGGCUUGUAGUGAAGCUGAGUUCGGAAGGAGCCUUUUUGAAAGGCUAACUUUGCUAGCGCACCCAGUACACCUCCUGAAUAUUCAAUACAGGAUGCAUCCAUCAAUAAGCUGCUUUCCCAAUUCCAUCUUCUACUCUGGUAAGAUUCAAGAUGGAGAAAAUGUGAAAAGCUCAACUUAUGGGAAAAAUGGAUAUCUUCCAGGCCCGAUGUUUGGUCCCUAUUCAUUUAUGAGUGUAACUGGCGGAAGGGAAGAAUUCGAUGAUGUUGGACGUAGCAGGAGAAAUAUGACCGAGGUAGACAUUGCGCUGAAAUUGGUGAAGAAUCUUUACAAAGCAUUUAAGGGAUCCAGGGAGCAGAAGCUCUCCAUCGGUCUGAUAUCGCCAUAUUCAGCUCAAGUGAUUGCAAUCAAGAAGAAACUUGGUAAUGAGUUUGAGCAGAAAGAUGGCUUCUCAGUGAAAGUCAAGUCGGUAGAUGGGUUCCAAGGUGGCGAGGAAGAUAUCAUCAUCAUAUCAACUGUAAGAUCCAAUGAAAGUGGGGCAAUUGGUUUUCUCUCUAAUGCUCAAAGGACCAAUGUUGCACUCACAAGGGCAAGAUACUGCAUGUGGAUUCUGGGAUGUGGGAGGACCUUGAUGAGUAGUGAUUCUGUUUGGCAAAAGCUAGUCUACGAUGCAAAAGCUCGCGAUUGUUUUUUCGACGUUGAUCAACUUGAACACAUGCUCCCAGGAGACGGAAAUCCCAGAAGAAAGGUUCAGCUGAAUGAUUACUUCAAAGGGUUCUCUCGAAGGCAGACCAGCAGCAGCAGGGCAUCUGAGAUGAAGGACAACUGGAGGAGGACUGGGAGUGAUGAGGAUUAUGAAAGGCUUCAAGAGUCGAUUAUGAACAAGGUAAAGUUGAUGAGCAUUGAGGAAUUGGCAAGGCUGGAUGUUGCAAUGUAG